AUGGGAAGAAAGCUGCGACACGUGCUGAUUUUCCUUCUCAUCAUCCUGAAGGAGCCCAGCAUGCCGGAUUCAUUAGAUAACUGCAAAUUUGAAACAUUAGCUGAUUACGACUGUAAACCAUCAUCACAGCACUGCAGAAAGGGCCUCACCAGUAUCCCUCAGAAACUCCCAACUUCCAUUUCUUUGUUAGAUUUAAGGUUGUGCCUAUUUGUCCUGAUUGGCGCCAUCAUUCUUACAGUGUGGUACAAGAUAAAAAGCAGGCGUCCUUCUUCAGGGUUAAAUCCCAAUGUUGUUGGUGGUAAUACAAACACAGCAGUUACUGUAUCGGUCAGUAACGAUGAUCAUGAGGAUACUGAUAAACUAGGUGUUCAAAAUGGGCAGGGCCAGGCUAACAUUCAAUCUCAGAACGUUGGAAAUCUAUCCCAUAACCAAGUGCUAGCUGCCUUAAAGCCAAAUCCUAUGUAUGCAGGUACAGGUAACGCAGCAGUUUCUAAUCUGUAA